CCGCAGCUCCUGCCGCGCCGGGACCGCCUGCCGAACCUCGGCUCCGGCCUCCACGCUCUGGCCUGCAUCGCGCACCCCGGCCGCCCCAGCCUGACUGAACCAUGGCGACAACUCCUGCUGCUGCCUUUGAGGCCCUCAUGGAUGGAGUGACAAGCUGGGAUGUCCCUAAAGGCCCCAUCCCCAGUGAACUCCUUCUAACUGGAGAGGCUGCCUUCCCGGUGAUGGUGAAUGAUCAGGGCCAGGUCCUCAUUGCUGCAUCCUCGUAUGGCCGAGGCCGCCUUGUGGUUGUGUCCCAUGAGGGCUACCUGCUGGACGCCGGCUUGGCCCCAUUUCUUCUCAAUGCAGUGGGCUGGCUCUGUCCCUCUCCUGGGGCUCCCGUUGGAGUGCACCCAUCCCUGGCAUCACUAGCAAACAUCCUGCAGGGCUCUGGGGUUGAGGCACAGAUUCAGCCAGAACCGAGAGAACCCCUGGGGGUUUAUUGCAUCAAUGCCUACAAUGACACCAUGACUGCAGAGCUGAUCCAGUUUGUGAAACGUGGAGGGGGCCUGCUCAUGGGGGGCCAAGCCUGGUAUUGGGCCAGUCAGCAUGGUCAUGACAAGGUGCUGUCCAAGUUCCCAGGGAACCAGGUGACCAGUGUGGCUGGUGUGUACUUCACUGAUACCUGUGGGGACAGAAGCCGGUUCAAGGUCUCUACGAAGGUGCCCAAGAUCCCUCUCCAGGUCAGGUUUGGGGAGGAUCUCGGGCAGGAUCAGCAGGAGCUCCUGGAAGGGAUCUCAGAGCUGGACAUCAAAACAGGGGGACUCCCCUCGCAGCUGCUGGUGCAUGGGGCCCUGGCCUUCCCCCUGGGCUUAGACGCUUCUCUUGGCUGCUUCCUGGCAGCUGCCCGCUAUGGCCGGGGCCGUGUGGUUCUGGCUGCCCACGAGGGCAUGCUCUGUACGCCCAAGAUGGGGCCCUUUUUGCUCAAUGCUGUGCGCUGGCUGGCCAGAGGCCAGAUGCGCAAAGUUGGGGUGAACACACGUCUAAAGAAUCUGUGUGCCCUGCUGUCAGAACAUGGCCUGGAGUGCAGUCUGGAGCCCCGUCUGACUGCUGACUUGAGUGUCUACUGCUGUGUGGCUUACAGUGACAAGGAGGCUCAGCAGCUGCAGGAGUUUGUGGCUGAGGGGGGGGGCUUGCUGAUCGGGGGCCAGGCCUGGUGGUGGGCCUCCCAGAACCCCGGCCGCUCCACUUUGGCUAGUUUCCCUGGUAACGUCAUACUCAACUGCUUUGGCCUCAGUAUCCUAGCUCGGACUCUGGAGCCAGGCUGUUUCCCUGUCCCUAACCCUGAGAAGCAGAGCUACCACUUCCGCAAGGCACUGUCUGAAUUCCAGCUUAUCGUGAACCGCGGGGGUGGGAACCUGGAAAAGAGUUGGCUGGCCAAACUGGGAGCAGAUGCAGCAAGCUUCCUGCAGAUCCCUGCAGAGGGGGUCCCUGCUUAUGCUUCCUUGCACCGGCUCCUGAGGAAGAUGCUGCAUGUGUCAGGCCUCCCAGCCGUGAGCAGGGAAAAGCCAGUUGCCAGUGACUCCUAUGAGGCCGCACUGCUCUGCCUGGCCACGGAGCUCGCACGCUGCGGCACGGACUGCUCUCAGCUGGCACAGGGCUUGGGACCUGGUCUUGCAGCUCCAGCAUACCCCUCAGAACACGCCAUCACAGUGGAGAUUGCUGGAAGCAACCCAGGCAGCGGUGAUUCCUGGGUGAGUACAGGGCUCUACCUCCCAAAUGGACAAAAUGCAGAAGUCUCCUUGUCUGAAGCUGCAGUUUUUGCUGGCCUGAAGGUACAGAUUGGCUGCCACACCGAUGACUUGACGAGUGCCAGCAAGCUGUCUCGAGCCCCUGUGGUAACUCACCAGUGCUGCAUGGAUAGGACCAAACUGUCAGUCUCCUGCCUCUGGGGCGGCCUUCUCUAUGUCAUCGUGCCCAAGGGCAGUAAACUGGGCCCCGUGUCCGUCACCAUCAAGAGGGCUGUGCCUGCCCCAUAUUACAGGCUGGGUAAGACAUCCCUGGAGGAGUGGAAGAGGCGUAUCCAGGAGAGCACAGCUCCCUGGGGAGAGCUGGCAACAGACAACAUCAUCUUGACGGUGCCAACUGCAGACCUCCAGGCCCUGGAGGACCCUGAAUCUUUACUCCACCUCUGGGAUGAGAUGAUGCGGGCUAUAGCCAGGCUGGCAGCCCAGCCCUUUCCUUUCCUCCGUCCAGAGAGGAUUGUUGCUGAUGUGCAGAUCUCAGCCGGCUGGAUGCACUCAGGAUACCCUAUCAUGUGCCACCUGCAGUCGGUGCAGGAGCUCAUCAGUGAGAUGGGCAUGAGAAGCAGAGGUCUGUGGGGAGCCAUCCACGAGCUGGGCCACAACCAGCAGCGGCACGGGUGGGAGUUCCCCCCACACACCACCGAGGCCACCUGUAACCUCUGGUCAGUCUAUGUGCAUGAGACGGUCCUGCACAUCCCCAGGGCUCAGGCCCACCCAGCUCUGAGCCCUCCAGAACGAGAGAAAAGGAUCAAAACACACCUGGGAAAGGGAGCGCCCCUGAACGACUGGAAUGUGUGGACAGCUCUGGAAACAUAUCUAAAGCUCCAGGAGGCCUUUGGAUGGGAGCCAUUCACCCAGCUCUUUGCUGAGUACCAGACCCUCUCUGGCAUCCCCAAAGACAACACUGGCAAGAUGAAUCUGUGGGUGAAGAAGUUCUCUGAAAAGGUGCAGAAGAAUCUGGCUCCUUUCUUUGAGGCCUGGGGCUGGCCUGUCCAGAAGGAAGUGGCUGCGAGCCUGGCCUGUCUGCCUGAGUGGCAGGAAAACCCCAUGCAGAUGUACAUCCAGACUGAGGACUAAAAGAUGUGCAUGAAGGGGUGUGUGUGCGGGACGGGGGGUGAUCACUCACCAACUCUGCCACCCUCUUUCUUGCCUAGUGUACCCUGAGCCUGAAUCCUACC